CGUCCCGAAGGACGGUUCACUCGCACUAGGCUCCCGGAAUGUAGCCCUUGCCGCGGCUGCCGCCUCGUAUCGCGGCGGGAGGGACGGGAAACAACCGAGCUGGGAGUUCCGGAUGGGCGGGGUAUGAAGCUGAUGAACUCUGGACUCGAGCAAACACGGAGUAGAGUUAUAAUGUAACUAAAACGACCCGCGCUGGGAGUGAACGGGAGGAGGAAUGUGACCCAUUGCUGGUGGUCUGCAACUCGCCUUUAACUUGUGCGAUCAUCGAGGCAGGGCACCUGCACACCCUGGCAGCAGGGAGCGGCUGUCCAUGGAGGAGUUUUGGGGACUUGCAUUGAAGCUGCUGUCAAUGUGGCUCAUCCUCGGGAUCACUCUCAUUAUGCUGCCUGCCAUGUUUGGUGUUUCAUUGGGAAUAACAGAAAUUUAUAUGAAGAUUCUGGUCAAGACACUUGAGUGGGCCACUCGGAAAAUCCAGAAGAAAGCCCGGGAGAAGCCAGGACAUCCCUUCUCUCCAUCCAACGAAAUUAUUGAGAAAUGUGACAAAGUCUCGCUGGAGGAAGAGAUCUCACAACUGAGACGAUAUUCAAAUAGAAACCGGGCUGUUCCUGAGGGGGACUUUGACCUCUCUGAUGUGUUCUACUUCUCGAAGAAGGGAUUUGAGGCCAUUGUGGAGGAUGAAGUGACCACUCGGUUCAGCUCAGAAGAGUUAGUCUUGUGGAACCUGUUAACGAGAACCAACAAGAACUUUCAGCAUAUCAGCUUCCGACUGACCAUACUCUGGGGUCUGGGAGUUGCGUUUCGAUAUGGGGUCCUCCUGCCUCUGCGGAUCACUUUGGCCCUGAUUGGCAUCAGUUGGUUGGUGAUCGGCACCAGUUUAGUGGGACAGCUGCCACACAGCAGUGUGAAGAUGUGGCUCAGUGAACUUGUUCACUUGAUGUGCUAUAGGAUAUGUGCGAGGGGACUGUCUGCAACAAUCCAUUACCACAACAAGGAAAACAAACCAAAGAGAGGAGGUAUUUGUGUUGCAAACCACACGUCACCAAUAGAUGUUGUCAUACUGGCCAAUGAUGGAGGCUAUGCGAUGGUUGGGCAGGUGCAUGGAGGACUCAUGGGAAUUAUUCAGAGAUCCAUGGUCAAGGCAUGUCCACAUAUCUGGUUUGAAAGGUUGGAAAUGAAAGAUCGUCAUCUUGUAUUGAAAAGACUGAGCGAUCAUGUUGCAGAUAAAACAAAACUGCCAAUUUUAAUAUUUCCUGAAGGUACUUGUAUCAAUAAUACCUCUGUUAUGAUGUUUAAGAAAGGAAGCUUUGAGAUAGAAGGAACUAUCUAUCCAGUUGCAAUCAAGUAUGACCCUCAGUUUGGGGAUGCCUUUUGGAACAGCAGUAAGUACGGUAUGGUGACCUACCUGCUCCAGAUGAUGACUAGUUGGGCCAUUGUCUGCAACGUGUGGUACUUGCCUCCAAUGACAAGACAGGAAGAGGAGGAUGCUGUACAGUUUGCCAAUCGAGUGAAGGCUGCCAUAGCUCAACAAGGCGGCCUCGUGGACCUUUCCUGGGAUGGAGCCCUGAAAAGAGCCAAAGUUAAAGACAUUUUCAAAGAACAGCAACAGAAAGAUUACAGCAAGACGAUUGUUAGGAGUGAAAGCAACUGAAGAGAAUGAGAUGUUUGUCCAUCCGUCCCUUCUGAUGGUCAUUGUUUACAUCUUCACGUCACUUGGGUUAAUUGAAUGUUGUCUCUUUAUUUUUGUAAUGUGAGAAAAUGUCUGCAUUCAGUUCCAAAUAGAAAAUUACCUAUAAAUGAUAACGGUUCGACUGUG